CUUUUAUUUUGAAAUCAUUUGUGUAAGGGUCCAGAAAAUGAGUGUUUGAUCGCUAACUUAAGUUCAUCUAAAUAUUUUGUAAUGUAUCCCUGGUUGGUAAUGACAGAGGUCAAAGGUUUCCUGUAGGUUUUCAACGGGUUCUUACACAGUGUAGCUGCUAUUUUGGUGGGCAGUAGUCUCUGCGCAGAAAAGGCCAACGAGCCGAAAGACUUAUCUUCAAAAACCACCGUCUCUUUUCACUAAACCGACGAAGAAGACCAGCGCAUCAACAGAGGCAUCAUUUAAAGUGGCACACAUUCUGGCUAAGCAAAAAAAAGACCUUCACUGAACAUCAAAGCUGCUAUGACCGCCAUGGCAGAAUCAUUAUUCCAGGACCAUAAAAAUAAGACGGAGAUUCUGUCUGCUAUUGCCGACGUCCAGCCUGGUGUAAACACUGUGGCAUGGAGGGUGAGAGCAAAUGCUGUCAGACAGCUGGAGUCGGACCUGGACAGGUGAGUCUGGUUUUAACUGCAGGGUGACGAGUCUGUGGACUUCAGUGAGACAGCUCAGCUGGUCGUUUUCAUACGGAUGGUAUUUAAUGACUUUUCCACAAAGGAGGAAUUUAUGACAUUACGUCCACUGAAAACCACAACACGGGGGAUGGAUAUUUACAACUAUUUACAACGUUAUAAAGGAGUACUUUGUGGGGAAAAAAGGUUCCCAUUGAAAAACUGGUCUGAUGGGGCACCAGCAAUGACAGGAUAUCACUCACAAGUCAUUACUUACUGCAAGAAUGACUCGGACUUCCCUAAAUGUCCGAGCUAUCAUUGCAUCCUCCACCAGCAUUUUCUUUUUUGAAGGUCAUGACAUUUGAUCAGGUUAAUAAAAUCAUCACCUCAAUUCGUGCAAAAGCCAAGCAACACCGGCACUUCAAGCUUUUCCUGGACGAAUCAAAUCAAAUCCUGGAGGAAGGUUCUUCAACCUUUUCUCUCUUUGCUCAGUGAAAUCAAGGAUUUUGAUAGGAAAUGAGGGGAGAGGAUACCCCUUUACUAAGUGACACUGAGUGGCUGUUGGAGCUGGCUUUCUUGGCAGAUGUGACUGAAAAAAUGAACAACCUGAACCAACAAUUACAAGGCAGAGACAAAAACAAAUAUGUGACAUGAUCAGUGCUGUGAAGGCAUUCAAAGUAAAGCUCAAUUUAUACAUCCAGCAAAUAAAACCAACAGAUUUCAGCGCUUCCCUUCAGUUGCAAAGAUGCUGGAAGGCGAUUCAGGGGCAGAUAAAGUGCUUGAUGUACACAUUGUGAUAUGCAGUCCAAACUAUUUUGUAUUAAUAUGAAGGUUUUUUUUAUAAGAACAGCUGGUGACAGUUGCAGAACCAGUAUUGAUUGGGAUCUAUACAUUUUUGGAUUGAGUGCAGCUCAUAUUCAUUGAAAAACAAAAAGAAUGUGAGGUUAUAUAGCAAUGAGAGGCUCGUAGAGGCAGAACUGGAACCAAAUGUGUUUGAUUUCAUUGAUGUUUGCUGCGUAAAACUGACGCGUCUCCUCUGGAUCUCGUCUUGCUUCUUUAAGGAUUCCCUCAGCUGAAGCGCAGCAUCCUCACUAUUGUUGCGCCUCCGGUCUCCUCCUUCUCCCCCCUCCCUUCCCUCAUCCCUCCAUCCGCUCCUUCUCCAGCACACACCGACCUGCCCAUCUCCUCCACGGACACAAUGACGAACGAAUCCCCGGAGGAGGAGAGCCGAGCUCCGGGCGGCGGCGCUGGAGUCGGGAUGGGAGCGGCGCGGAGAGGCCGCGCGGACGACAAUGUCACCAUCCUGACCUCCAGCAUGGAUUUCCCGAGAGCCAGCAGGAGCCGGGCCGACAGCGCCAACGACGCCGCCCCGAGCUUCACGUCCUCCGUGGAGCUGAGCUCCUCCUCCCUGGAGACGAGCAUCCAGACGCGGAUCUUCAAGAUCAUCGUCAUCGGGGACUCGAACGUGGGGAAGACGUGCCUCACCUUCCGCUUCACCGGCGGGAGCUUCCCCGACAAAACGGAAGCCACCAUCGGUGUGGAUUUCAGGGAGAAGGCGGUGGAGAUUGAAGGAGAAACCAUCAAGGUACAGGUGUGGGACACGGCAGGCCAGGAACGUUUUCGCAAGUCGAUGGUGGAACACUACUACCGAAACGUGCAUGCAGUGGUCUUUGUGUAUGAUGUCACCAACAUGGCCUCCUAUCGUAACCUGCAGACGUGGAUAGAGGAAUGUAACGGCCAUCGAGUGUCUGCAUCGGUACCCCGGGUAUUGGUGGGAAACAAAUGUGACCUUGUGGAUCAAAUACAGGUCCCCUCCAACAUGGCACUAAAGUUUGCUGAUGCUCACAACAUGCUGCUGUUUGAGACGUCGGCAAAGGACCCUAAGGAGAGCCAGAAUGUUGAUUCCAUCUUCAUGUCUUUGGCAUGUCGUCUGAAAGCUCAAAAAUCCCUCCUGUACAGAGAUGUGGAGCGGGAGGAAGGAAAAGUACGACUUUCCCAAGAGACUGAAACAAAGAGUAGCUGCCCCUGUUGAGGAGAUUGGGAAGAACCAUUAACGAGAAGAAAUGGGUUAUUGAGAGUCGUAAAGGGGGUAUGAUGAUCUGUUUUUAAGGCUGAUGUAAUAGAUCAGAAGAAAAUGGUUGCGCUUUUUCAGGAAGUGAAAAAAUUGCUUCAAAAUGUUCUUUAGGUUACAAAUGAAGGAAAGAAAGAGUUAAGAUGUGACAUAUAGCAGAAAGGAUCUUUGUCAGGACAGGCAGGUUCUAAGCAAACAUGCAAGGAGUUUUUCUGAAAACCACGCCGGCUUUAAUGUUUGUUACAGAUAUUGCAGUACACAUGAAUUAAUUCUGGCUCUUCCUUAUUGUUCUCAACACAUAUAGUGGUCAGUUCAAAUGAAAGCAGGAUGUCCCAACCUUAAUCUACUGCCUUAGAAUCCAAAAAGCUGCCCCCUUCAUAGGGUUCAUCAAUCACUGAGGAAUGAGAGGUGUGAAAUUUUCGAGCAUUUUGCUUGCUGGUCAAACAGUUGUGCAAAAUCUUUAUGUGGGUUAUUUAAAAGAAUGGAUAAGCCAUUAAAUGUACCCGGCAUCUGCUUAACUUACUGCCUUAGAGGAGAGACUGCUGGCUAAACUCACUAUGAGCUCUUGACUGAAGUACAAAGAAAAGAUGAGCAUCUUGAGAAACUUAAAAUGGAUAAAAUGCUGAGCCAAAAAUCGCACGUGAGUCUAAUGGACCUAUGUAAAAAGAUCUGAAAAACUCACUAGUUAUUGGCUGUCGAGCUGCAUGUCACCUGUUGCUUCAGAAGAUGUGAGAUCGUCUUACCCUGAUGCAGAAGAAAUGCUCUCCUCCACAAAGAAGAGACAGCAAGGGCUCUUCUAUAUCAUUCCCGUAGCAGACACAUAAUUGUGUGCAAGAGCAGAAACAUCCUCCUAAUUUUUCAGGGCAAAUACAAAUAUUUCCAAACCACAGAGCACUGAUUGUCCAUUCAGAUGCUUCUUAGAUGUCAUAUAACACAUAAUCUGCUACAUACUUAGUAUGUGAAUUAGAUAAAAGCAGCAGAUAAAUCAAACAGCACACCUAUAAUGCCUAUUUAACAAGGAACUGAAUUUUAAAACCAGCUUUUGGAGUAAUAACAUCAAUGCAGGUCUGUAUUGACCUCUUAAGGCCCUUUUACACUGGUCUGUACCAAAGUUGGUACCUUAGAUGGUUCAAUUUGUUUGGUGUGAAAGCUCAUUCGAACUCCAGUUGGGACUUUAUGAGCAAUCGCUGGUUUUAUUAAGAAAAGAGGUUUUUCUGAGUUUACCUGCAAGUGAACUCUGGUGUAGAUCACAACAGUUUGAAUGCACACAGACUACAAAUCACAUUAAAUAAUUAAGAAUGACUCUGAAAAUGCAAAAAUUAUGAAAAAGUUGGUGUAGUAUGGAAUGGCUUGAUAAUUUGCAGGCAGAGAAUGGUUUAGCAGCAGUGAAGCCCUUUUUUCCCCAUCUUGCUUCAGUCUUGACUUCUUUGUGCCCGAACACUUAUGUCCUCUAAAAACAGCUCAUUGACGGAUCUUCAAGCUGCGCUUCCUUUACGUUGAAUUUAAAAUGAAAGCCUUUAAGGUCAUAAAUGUUGGAUGUUUUGCCUCAAGCUGUUGGAGCUGUGAUUCUUGGCGUCUGUUUUUGAGCUUCAGUAUGAAUGUUCAAAUACAUGUUUUCUAAGUUGUGGUUUGAACAAAAGUUUAUUUCUAAAUUUAGUUGAUUGGGUUAAAAAAACUGUGGCUUUUUGACUAUUCUUUUUAAGACUUUGAAGUGUGGUUUGUUUGUUCAUCAAAAGGGUUUUAAAUGUUAUUCCAGCUUUUUGCUAAAUUCCUGUAACACUUUAAGGUUUGUUUAUAUGAAGUUGAUCAGUUUUGUUAAAAAACCAGAUGACUUAAAAUUUUCCCAAAUGUAUACAAGUAAACAUUUUAAUUUUC